GAUGAAGAGGAAGAGACUGUUGCUCAAAUCAUCAGUCAUGAUGUAGAUGGUGUUCAACAGGUGGAGAUAAAGCCAAUAAGAUCUGAGAGUGAAGGUUAUGUUGUGAUAGAGGUCCCUGCAGAGGCUGGCCAGGUUGUCAUGGAGAGUGGACCACAACAAAGCCAGCGUGUAGUUGAAGUCCCAAGGCAAGUUUCAGAGGCAGGACCUUCAAACUCUAAGAUCCUUGACCCUGGACAGUCCUUUGUAGCAAGAGGCUUUAAGGCAAGACGAGGACGUCCUCCAAAGAAUGACCGAGGACCAGUUUCCAAGGACAGUCACCUCUCCACCCCAGGUCAUCUAACUGCCGCUCAGUUAGUCUCCGCACAAGCUGUAGAGGAAGAUUCCAACCAGGAGGAGAUGAAUGAAAUGAGGAAGGGUUAUAGCCAAGAUGCAUCAGAGAAUGAGGAAGAGGAGGGUGAAGAGGUAUCCCAGGAGUCUGGGUACCAUGUGAUAGAAGCCCCAGAUGAUGAAGGGGAGGAAGCAGAAGAGGAAGAGGGAGAAGAAGAAGAGGAAGAAGAAGAGCCUAUACCUGAGAUUGUUGUUACUCCAUCUAAGAAAAGGGGUCGCCCAAAGAGAGCAGC